AUGCCUACCAAAUUCGAAAUCACGUCAAAUAAUUGUUUAGAUCAGUUACAAGCCAUGAAACCACUGGGGCUAUAUAAGGAACUCGAAGGGCUCUCACAAACCAAAGGCUUUCUUAUCGCGUACAAGUACAAGGCAACUAUCACCAGCACCGAGUUUAAAUAUUGUAGUAUUAUGAUGGAAUUAGGACCUCGACUCGAUAAAUCCUUAAAUUUUCUAGGCGAACUUAAAAAUCUGACGUAUUUGACACUUUACAGCAGCUGUGAUUUCAACUUGGCAACACUGGAUCUACAGAGACUUUGCCCAAACUUGAAAGGCAUCAACUAUGACAGUCAUGUUUUAAUUCCUGACAAAAUGAUAAAAGAACAUAUACCGCUCCAUUACACUCGAUAUCUUACGAACUUGCUCUCCAAACAAGUGGCUAAUUUAGAAAUGGUUAUAUCUAAAGCUUACAUUUUUGAUUGGAUAAACGAAAUAGGUUUAACAAACGCUUUCGAGUUUGCGCUCGCGGUAGGCGCCAUAGAAGAUUUCAACAUUAACUUUGCAUUGGACCGUAAACACGAUCAACAAUCACGGGAAUACGAUUCAGAAAAUGGCUUAUCAAGGCUGGAAUCUUUUUUCAUCUUAGUUUUAGCAUUCAGAGGACUUAAAAAAAAUGGUGUAGUUUUACUUUCCAGGAUGCUGCAGCUUGUCCGGAGUACGAAGAAUUCGGACCCUGAUACUGGUGUCUUCUGUAUGCACUCACUGGAUAACACUACUGUACGCUGUGUAUUUAAUAUGAUCGAUACUUUUAGGGUUAGCAUUUUAGGUGGUCUUGACCGAAGCUUGGCAUUUAAGUUUAUGGAAUUUGUAAUCGCUGAAUGUUUGAAUGUGUCAUCCUUCGAAUACGUUGAUGUUCACAGGUCUGUAGAAAUACAAUGCAUUAUGGAAGAAUAUGAUUUAAGCAAACCGGAUGAUGAUACUGCAACAUCCAUCAUACAAAAAAGAAUGAAUUCUCUGAGUAUAGAAACCGCCAUUCUCGAUGAUAUUGAACUCGGCCAAAUUUCCCAAUAUUUCCCUUGUAUUGUCAAGAUUCUUUGUAAUAAUAGCUUUACAGAUUGCGUAAAAUUAAAUGAAAUAGAAAUUGAUGUUACCUCGUUUAAACAUUUAAAAUCUUUGACUUACUUUAUACAGUCAUCACAAAAAGGGCAAUACUAUGCAUUUGUUCAAUGUAUACACACUAACGGAGACAAAGUAUAUCAUCAUCUGGACAAGAAAACUCCUGCAACUAUAAAUCCCUGUACCUCGAGGUUUUUUGAAGACUGCGUAAAUAAUCAUAAACCUGACAUCUACAUUACGACCAUUUAUUGCCGUAGCGAUGUUGAAAUCCUACUAAAAUUGUCUCAGUAAUGAGCCAAGUUUUGUAGACGGCUCCAACUACAAUUGUAUAGAACCUGUUUAGAAUAUUAUCAAAUAUAGUAAAUCCUGUAAAUUUUCUGUUCACAGUUACAGCAUCUAUUCCCAAUAUAUCAAAAAUGCUCUAAUAUGAAUGCGUUU